AUGGUCCGCCGCUCUGUUCGCCUUGCGAAACCCGAAGACCGACUCCAGGUGCAAGUUUUCCAUGAUCUAGAUACCGCCGCGGUCAGCGCCAAAAGCCAAAAACUCGAAGAAGCCGCGCGUGCGCGAAAGAGGCAGCGACUAGAGUAUGGCGAGUCCACCUCUUCAGCGGAUACCAUGAUCAGGGACGCUAUGGCUGGGUCAGAUGAUCUUCGAGACGGCCAUAAACCCGCCCUCUAUCGGGGCAGUCAGCUCAACGCACAACUCUCGAAGGAUGAUCCACGCAGUGAGAUCGUGGAACGUAAUAGCUUGCAGUCUCCUCUGCUAUCUCUCCCAGCAGAAGUCCGUUGCGUCAUCUUCGAAUAUGCUCUUGGUCACCAACACGUACACAUCCUCACUGACGACUACGACACGAACAUCUCUGUGGAUCUUCCCGGUCCAGCUCGUUUCGGUGUGGAUCCGCCUCAUAGACGCGAAGCGAUAUCCCAGGUACAAGCGCGGCAGUUCCACAACUGCGUCUUUCCAAUUGACUGGCAGGCCUACUAUCGUACUCAGCCGUACAAAUCUCGUCCAUAUCUUGUGUCUCCUACUAUGCGGCAUCAGCCGCAGCAGCAGCGAUUUGAACACGAACGAGUGAUCACCGCGACCAACGAUCGCAUGGCGCUAUUCCAAGCCGUCUGUCGACAAAUCUAUCAUGAGACUCGAUUCAUUCCGUACGAGUUGAACGAAUUCUCCUUUCAGGACGAGAUGACGAUGAAAGAUUGGUUCGGCAAUAGAGCGGCUGCUCAAAAGCGAGUUAUCAAUACGGUGUGGUUUGACCAGGAAUGGCAGCGCAGUGACGCACUGUUCCCCUACACAUACCUAGGCGCCCUUAUUCAUAUUGGAAAGAUCCACGGUGUCAAGAAAGUGUACGUGUCUGUGGCGGCUGUCGAGCAUAUGUGGUCUGCGCAGAAUCGUGGAAACGGUUCGAAGGCCAGAUUCGCGCACAAUAUCCGUUCCCUUUUCAGCAGACGAGACGAGCUUCAGAUAGAAUUUGUCAAGUAG